AUGUCUGUUCUGUCUUCACAAAAUUACCUGAUGGAGAAGGAUUCGACGUUCUGCUCGAAGGGUACGGCAAGCAUGCACCUCGUCAGGAACCUCACCAUCCCUCCAUUCUCCUCAAUCACAGACGAUGAGUACCGCGGUACUUCCGAGUUCCAAGUCGGUUUUGACGACGGGGUCAAGUGGCUACUCCGUGUACCUCGACAGGACCACAGAUCCCCCGCGUCUGAUCUGGAGGCACUCGUGGUAUCAAGCGAGGUGACUACUCUUGGCAUCCUCAAGAAAGGUGGUAUCAAGGUUCCGGACAUCUGGGUGCCCCAGAAGAUUGCACAGGGUGCUGCUCCAGGCAACUACUUUUUCCAAGAGUUUGUCAACGGCUCCGAGAUUCUCUUCGAUGCUUUUGCUACCGGCCUCAUCUCUACCAGCAACGCUCUCUACGAAGACGUCGUUCUUCACUAUAUCGGUCUCUCCAACAUCAAGCGCAACGUGAAAGGCAUCGGCUCUCUGUAUCCCUCCGGUGACGCCGACUACGUACUGCCCAUCUCCCGCCGGGGUUCAUUCAUGAGGCCCGAGGCACCGUACUUUUUCGGCCCUUUCCGUACCCUCCGUGACCAAUAUCUGGCUCAUAUACAGCAACUGAUCGAGUACACUCUCGAUAUCGGGUAUAUAGCCGUACUGCGAAGUCCCAUCCACUGCAUCCUCUUGUUGCUCGAACUCAGAGACUUGGUCAAGGAUUGUGAGCUGCUCGCCAAAGAAGAGGACGAGUUCUUGAUCCAUCAUGGUGAUCUCAACAUCGGGCAGUGUCUGAAAAAUGAGAAGGGUGGUAUUGCUUCAGUGUUGGAUUGGGAUUGGUCUUUCACACACAAUUACCAAGGGCGAAGCCUUCGCAUCACCUUUCUGCAGUAUGCACCAAUGCGAGGCAUGCUCUUUCAGCAGCAUGGCCGUAGCGACCUUGCUGGCUGUAUCCUACAAGGGCGUAUCUAUCUGCGUAUCAACGAAGCUUUGUCCCUCGAAAGCCCAUACCCUAUGUUCUAUCUGGAAGAUCCUGGUCCGAUCAUCGGUAUCAGGAGCGCAUUCAGAGACUUAGGGCAAAAAGGCGUUGGGGGGCAUGUCGAGUCGCUCGAAGAGUGGCAACGAGAAGGUCUUGGCAAGUAUGAAAAUGAGGUGGUUUUGGCCGAGAUGAAGACACGCCACACCGAAUGGGAGGAGUUGAAUGAAAGAGGGGUGGACAUGAGCGAGAGUGAGAUGGAGGAGGUGUUUGAAAAAGAGCUUGCUUUGGUGGAAGCAGCGAGAAAAGAGGCGAAGGUUGACUGA